AUGAGUUUAUGUUUCAGCCCUGAAGAACUGCUGGUCCAGCGAUUGAACUCAGGCUCCUACCGAGUGUGCGACAAGGACCAGAACAAAUCACUCACAACUCAAGAGGCCUUCAGCUGCUCAGAAGCGUACUUCAGAAGCAUCGGACGUGAAGCAAUUCCGAUUUAUAAGGAGGGAAGUUCCAACAAGGACUUAACCACGGGGGGAUUGGCUGGCGACUUGAACGGCGAUGGUGAAUACACGAGGAAAGAGUGGGAACUGGUGAACCACACUUUGACCUGGAAAAUCACAAAGGCAAUGCUGUCAAUCAUUCUGGAUUGCGACGUGGCCGAAAUCACAGAAUCGACAAUGUUAAAAGGGACUGGGUUGAGUCAAAGCGCGAAAAUAACAAGCGGUAGAAUCUUACGCGGUGAAUAA